UUUCUAUUUUUGCUGGGGGGUUUAAGAUGUUGCUGAUCCUGAACCGGUUACCGUUAGCCGGUUUAACGGUUCAUAACCAAGCCGUUAAACCGUGGUCCGUCCCAAUCAGACGGCGGACAACUCGUCGGCGCCGAAGGUUUAGGGUUUAAGAUGUUGCUCAUUCUGGGUUCGGGUGGGUCUAACAAAAGAAGGAAGCUUUAGCUUUAGACCAAGGAAGAAGAUGAAGCGCAGGAGAAGAAAGAAAGCCAUGGGGCAUCAUCAAAGUAGUACCAGACCCAGUCCGCUGGCGCAUUGAAUAAUUUUUGCUGGUCAUGAGUUCAAAAUAAAUGUAGACAUGCUGAUGUGCACAACUGAGGGCGAGUUGGUGUGGGCAAUGUAGCAGAGUCAAUUUCCCUCUCUAAAAUGGGUAAAAGUUGGAGAGGCAACCAUGAGAAAUACCCCAAGGAUGGACUAAUGUUGUCUUUAGUACCAUGUUUGGAUGCAGAAUUUACAUUUUUAACCUUAUUGCAUUUAUCUUAUUCUGUUAACUCAUUUAUGAUGAAGAAUCCAUUGCAAACCUGCAAAUUUGAGUAGAGUGAGACUGAACUUUAUUUCGCAGAGACUCUUAAUCGAGACCUUUCCAUUGUUAGUAUGAGUCCCCUUAGCAGAAAGAUGUGUUCUAAUUUGUCCUAUUGCAUUUCUUUGCUUUUCACUAUUUUGUUUCUUUUCUGCUCUUUGCUUUUAAGUCCAAGUUGGGAGCUUUCCCAUGAGGGGAGAAAGGAUGACAGUUAUUUUUUUUUCUGUAUUAUAUAUAUAAUAUAUUACUUCUGUCCUUUUCUUUUACUUUUUUUCCUUAUUUGCAGAGCCUUUUCUUCAUAUAUUUUCCUUGAGGACUUAAAUCUCUUCUUCUCUGUUUUUUCUUCUUAUAAGUUCCCUUACCUAUCUUCAUGUCACACAUGUCACAAUAGCCCCAAUACAUCUCUUCUGAGCAUGAUUUUUAUCAGCAUGUCCAAUGCUAUAUAAAACAGAGUUAAGGAUGUAUGAACCUACUCCGGAAGAAUUCUUAAAUAUCCAAUUUGGUGGUUAGUUUCAAAUUUCUGCUGAACAUUCAUAUCCUGGAUUAAGCUGUACUGAUCUAUCAGAUAUUUCAAUUGCUAUUCAUCGACUCAAAAUUCCCUUGGAUCACAAAGUUUUGGGUUCUAGAACUGUGCAUCAGUCACUUGUUAAAAUCCUCGCUUGGAACUGCCUGUGGAUUCCUUUGGUAUAUUCAACAGCUCAAAGUUUCAUCUUUUGUGCUGAUGGAAGAUUGCUCUUCUUCUGAAAUAUCAAUGGAUAAAUGGUUGACAGCUGAGCAUAGGGUCCAAGAGAUUUUAUGGGCUGUUCAACCUAAUGUAGCCUCUGAGUGGAGGAGGAGGGAGCUAAUCGAUUAUGUUCAAAGGAUAAUCAAAGGUCAUUUCGGAACUGAGGUGUUGUCCUUUGGCUCAGUUCCUUUAAAAACGUAUCUCCCUGAUGGAGAUAUUGAUUUGACAGUACUCUGUCAUCGGAACCAGGAGGAAGACUUAGCUAGGGCUAUCUGCAGUCGCCUUCAAGGUGAACCUAAGGAACCUGGGUUUCUGGUUGAAGAUGUUAAAUAUGUUUAUGCAAAGGUUAAGAUCAUAAAAUGCACUGUGAAUAAUAUAGCAGUUGAUAUUUCAUUUAAUCAGGUGGCUGGGCUGUGUACACUGUGCUUUCUGGAGCAGGUGGACCAGGUCAUUGGAAGAGACCACCUUUUUAAAAAGAGUAUAAUCUUGAUCAAAGCUUGGUGCUAUUAUGAGAGCCGAACUGUUGGUGCACCCCAUGGCUUGAUUUCAACAUAUGCCCUAGAAACACUGGUCUUGUAUAUCAUCAAUCUCUUUCAUUCAUCACUCCAUGGACCUCUACAGGUUCUUCAUAUAUUUUUGGAAUACUAUAGCAAAUUUGAUUGGACAAAUUAUUGCAUCAGUAUAAAUGGUCCGGUUUCCUUAUCAUCCGUUCUUAAAAUCAGAGAGACACCAGAAAAUGAGGGGGAGAAUUUACUGUUCACCAAGGAAUUUUUGAAGAAAUGUAGAGUUGCAUUUUCAGAUCCAAGAAGAAUCAGUGAAGCUAGACUGCAGGAAUUCCCAAUCAAGUGCUUCAACGUAGUGGAUCCUCUAAAAGACAACAACAAUCUAGGCCGUAGUGUUACUUCAGGAAACUUCACUCGCAUUAAAUCUGCUUUUGCAUUUGGAGAAAAUGAGCUCAGGAGAAUUCUAGCGCUACCGGGUGAAAGCAUUGGCCAAGAACUUCAAAAAGAUUUUUUUCGCGUCACUUUAAAUAGGAAUGGGAGGGGACAAAGACCAGAUUUGCAAGCUCCUGUACCAGCAUUUGGUAGUGGAAGAUAUGUACAAUCUAACCUCACUGGGGACUUUGAUUAUUAUUAUGGGGGAAUAUUGUAUGCGCAGUGGCUUCAUGAUGAAAGCUUACAUCUUUCUUCACACCCAAGUCCGCCACCUUCUCAAGUCCAGAAUAACACCACAUGGAAUGCCAGGACUUGGUCAGUGAAUGUCUUUGAUCAAAUGUCAAUGAAUGCACGUGCAUUACCUUUCUAUCAUCACUGUGCUUCCCAACAGACUGCUCAUAUAAGGACAUUGCCAGGAACUGGCAUGUACAUACCUGAUCCGAGUCCUCAUUACAGACAGAUGUAUUCAAGGGCGAGGGGAAGGAACGAGUCUAAAAAUCGUCGGGUGAUGAUGAAACCACCCCAAAAGGUUAACCAGUCAGAAACAAGUACUGGUGUACAUGUAAGCAGCAUUGAUCUUUCACUUGAGGAAGUUCCACAUCUUCCAGGCAUUCAACCGCCCCCACCUCCACAAGUCUCUCAAUCUGGUAAGCCCUGGCCAUCUCUUCAAUCCCAGGUGCCCCCUCAGACCAAUGAGGAUCAUAAGCUUGGGGUUUUGGGGCCUGCAUCAUUGCCUUUGGGAAUGCAUUCACUUGAAGCAAAGGCAGAUUCUUGUAGUUCAUAUGCUAGCACCGAAGGUCCCUGUAAUGGGAAUGCCAAGUCAACAAGUACGUUCAAGCAUUGACGAGAUCAAUAAAGAGCCGUUCCAGUUGGAAAAUGAAAAUAAAGAUUUUCCGCCUUUGGGUAGCAAAACAAAUCUCUGAGACUUCACUUACGUUCUGGAAGUUCCAAGUUGAGUUUUCAUUGGCACCCUUUGGACCGUGCAGAGACUUGUGCAUGCAUGGAGGGAGGGGCAUUCAGGAUUAUUACCUAUUCUUCACUAAAGAAGGCAAUAUUACAAAAGAAAAGACCUCUGUCUCUGAUUGCGACAGUGAAGUUUUGUAUCUCCUACCUUUUCUGGAUGAUUAUGCAAAAUUUGUUUCAUGUGCUUACAGAUCUUUUUCAUUUUGGUAUAUUUUCAGUUUAAAGAAAAUCUAUGUUUAUGAGAGAAGAACCUAUAGCUUCCAUUGA